ACCUCAAUUUGUCUAAAAUAAUUUUAAAAUUAAUCUCAUGUUUUUCUCAUAAUAUGCAAUAAUAAAAAUGGAUUUAGUUGAGGUAGUUUUAAGAGCUGUAGAAGCUGAACGUUACAUCGACACUUUUAAACGAUACAAUAUCAAUUCAGAUUGUUUAAAAUUGUUGGGGGAAGAUGAUUUAGAAAUAAUGGGAAUUGAUGAUAUUGUUACUAGAAAAAGACUUAUUGAACAUUGCCAGGCUUUAAUUAUAAAAACGCCAGGGAAAGAAUCCUUGAUUAUAAAUAACGACUACAUUAAAGAAGUUUUAGAAGGUGUAAAUAAACAAUUACAUUUUCAUUAUAAUAAUUUGGUUUUAUCAACUUAUAGAGAUGAUGUAAUCCUCUAUAAUGUACCCUUAAGUGAUAGUUCGUUGGCUUUAAGAAACUGUGUUAAUAAUAUUAAGAAAGAUGGUGUUUGUUUAAAGAAAAAGGUGAUUCCUUCUAAGAAAGCUAAAAAACGUAAGAUUGUUUUAGUUUCAAUCUUAUCCAUGGGUCUGUUAUUGGGAUUAAUUAUAAAAAUUGCUCAUAAUAAAGAUUAAAAAUCUUUAUAUUAAUAUAAAAUUAUCUA